AUGAAUUUUCUCAAGACCUUGCCCGAACGGGCUUUUGUGGCUGUCGUGGCAGGGCAGGCUCUCUCCAUCACGGCCAUCCAACUGGCCGCACUUGUAAGCUACCUGCACUGGGUCAACCCGGUAGCAUACCAAGUGCCAGUGACGUACGUUGUCCCGAUGGCAUUCGCGAUAAGUGCGCUGGGCUCAUUGUUCCAAGCCGUCGUCGCGGUCGACUCGUGUCGCGUGAAAAACAAGUCGCAGCUCUGGGCGCAGUGCAUCAUCAACGCCUGCCUCACCAUCACCCUGGGGCUGCAGCACGACCAGACCAAAAACGCCAACGAUCGCAUCGUGAGCGGCUAUGACAUGUACCACCACCCCUUUGCGAAGGACGCGCACUCGUUCUGGAACAUCGCGCACCCCGUGAGCAUCACGUCGACGGCCGUCAGCGCGGUCUGCAGCAUCGCCAUGAUCGUCAUCGCCACCCGUCUCCACGUUGAGUUCGCCUGGUCGGUGUAUGAGCAGAUCAGCCCCGAUAUGCGGAUGAAGAGGAGACAUAAGCAAUACGAGCAGACCUUCCUGGUCUUCCUCAAGAUUUCGCCGCUUUUCAUCAUCCUCUUCGUCAUCGUGUACAGCUUCGUCGAGGUUCACUACAAACAGCCCGAGUUCGCUCUGACGCUCGCCCUCGUACCCGCCAUCCUGAUCCAUUCGGUCUAUGCCGGCUACUGCGCGAUGAGGGAGUACGCAAAGAGGAUGUUGCUGGUCAUGGCGGGCCAGCUCGGGAUCAUGGCAUACCUCAGCAGCCGGAUCUGGUUCCUCUUCCCGGGCGACGGCUCGAUGAGCGCCGAGAUGAUCUUCUUCGCUUCGCUCGGGCUCGCCUUCACCGCCGCGUCUCUCGUCUCCGCGAUCCUGUGUACGCUCGGCUUCGGCCAGGGCCUGAAGAAGGUGCUGGUGCCGGGACGGGACGGGCAGCAGAGUUCUUCUUCGCAUUUGAUGGGCAUGGAGAUCCGGGAACCGCCGAACGUCAAUCUUUCCGCGUCGCAGUUUCAUUCUCGCCGCUUCGAUCUCGAAUAG